AUGAAGCUUUCCGCCCUCCCAGUGCUGCUGGGUCUUGCAUCGCAGUCCAUGGCGACAACCAAAUGGCACGAGGCUAAGGGCAAGGCGAUCCAAUACACGUCCGUCGGAGGCUAUUUCCUUCAAGACGAUCCCAACACAAACCCCAGCGGGUUUGACUAUGCUCAGCACAACUUUGGGCUGAUAGACAGGAAAUACCCCUCUGAUGACAAGUUUGAUCCUCACGGUACCAAGUCGCAGUGGCAACGCUUCAACAAAUGGGUCCAUUAUCUUAACCACAACUGUGACAAGAGCAACAACAUUCGUUACAAGGUCCUCUUCUUUGGCCGGCAUGGCCAAGGCUACCACAACGUUGCCGAGAGUUUCUACGGUACGCCGGCAUGGAACUGCUACUGGGCUGAAUUGGAGGGCAACGGUACCAUCACCUGGGCGGAUCCUCUCUUGACAGCAGACGGGUUUAAGGAAGCCCAAAAGGCCAACGCCUUUUACAAGUCUCUGUACGAGCAGCAAAAGAUGCCACACUUUGAAUCUUACUACAGCUCCCCGCUCAAGCGAUGCCUUCAGACAGCCAACACCACAUUCAGCACACUGAAAGUGCCCGCCGAGCAUCCCUUCAAGCCUACUAUCAAGGAACUUUUCCGUGAAGACAUCAGCAUUCACACCUGCGAUCGUCGGUCCACCAAAUCCGAGAUUGCCAAGUUUAUGCCGGGCUGGAAGUUUGAGACGGGCUUCACCGAGAAGGACGAGCUGUGGAAGGGCAAUGAGGGGGAGACAAAUGCGCAUCAAGUCGCCCGAAGCAAGACGGUUCUCGACGAUGUGUUCACCAACGAUUCCUCCACCUGGAUCAGCGUGACCAGCCAUUCUGGCCAAAUCAGCGCGUUGCUAACAGCAUUGAACCACCGCCCUUUCAGUCUAUCCACCGGGCAGAUUAUCCCGGUGCUCAUCAAGGCCGAGGUGGUACAGCCCGCUCCUACGUCGACCUUUGCCGGCUUCACCCCCGAAGCAACCUGCAAACACCCACCUGUCACGAGUCUCCCGGACAAAGGCUGUGUUUGCUCUAGCACCGGUUCGAUUCCAUCACCAACGCCGUAA